UGGCAGCACGCUGGCACUGUCUCCACCGCCCAUGGCUCCAUCUUCAUGGCUCCAUCGUUGUGUGGCCUGGGCGCUUGGCCUGGAUCCUUGCGGCGCUGGCUCCUAACCUGUUUUGUGACACCGUUGUUGCUGCUUCUGCCUUCAAACUUAGGUGAUGAAGGGAACCACAACCAAACAGUUUGUGGCAAGCCCUGGUGGCCAAACAACUUGAAGGAGAUCCGCCAUUGGCCCUGGGAAGUGAGCCUUCGCAUGGAAAAUAAGCACGUGUGUGGAGGGGCCCUCAUUAAUCUCUUCUGGGUGAUCUCUGCAGCGCACUGCUUCCAGAGCAACAAAGAAUACUCAGUGAUGCUGGGUAGCAGUAAGCUGCAGCCCAACAGCUCUUCCAGGGCCCUGAAGAUCCCCGUGGGUGACAUCAUUGUGCAUCCCAAGUACUGGGGCCGGUGGAACUUCAUCAGAAGCGAUAUUGCCCUUGUCCGUCUUAAAACUCCUGUCACCUUCAACAAGUAUGUGCAGCCCAUCUGUCUCCCAAAGCACAACUUCAGCUUGGAGGUCGGGACGCAGUGCUGGGUGACUGGCUGGGGCAAGACUAAGCAGCACUCCUCGGGCAACCUGACACUAACCCCAGAGCUUCAGGAGGCCGAGGUAUUCAUUAUAGACAACAAGAGGUGUGACCAUAUUUUUCACCAUAAGUCCUUCUAUCCCCGAGUUAUCCACCUUAUCCGGAAGAACAUGAUCUGUGCCGCCAGUUAUGGAGAGAACGUGUGCUAUGGGGAUCCAGGGGGGCCAUUGGCUUGUGAAAUCGAUGGAAGAUGGAUUCUGGCUGGGGUGUUAUCGGGGGAGAAGUCCUGCAACAAACCUCAGAAUCCAGGCGUGUACACUCGCCUCACCAAAUAUACCAGAUGGAUCCAGGAGCAAACGAGCCAUGGGGCAGUGCUAGGGCCCUGCAGGGUCCCCUGCCUCCUGUGCCUGUCCUGGCUGCUGCAGCUCCCAGGGGGCCCAUGA